CUAUUUGGUGUUAAACGACAUUAAUGCGGGUUCAUAAAUUCCACGAGUCUACGUGUAUACCUAAUGUACUCUCAUAUUUAGGGUUUAGUCAUGAUUAUUAAGUUCUCCUUAUGUCUGGGGUUUUGUGUUUUCAUACUUACGAUAGCUCGAGUGCAGGGCUGCUAUUCUACCAGAGAUGAAAUGCAGCAAAGUUUCAAACGAAUGACUGAGGAGCACGAGAGCCGUGUCAUCAAGAACACAGUUCGAACGCAUCUACCUGAGAAACCUGGCAAAGACAGUUCAUCAUCUGAGUCAUCUGAAGAGGACAAGUUCAAGGGUCUCGAUGGCAACCCAGUGCCCGGCGAAGACAUAUACCAGUGGGAGGUACAGCCGCCACCCACUCCAACUGAGUGGCAACAGUUUGAUAAACCUCAGGAACCAGAGAGGUGGUAAUGGCAAACAACAGCUUUACAUUGACAAACCACAACUUAGGCCUAGAGCUUUGUUCUUGAGAAACUUUUUGAAUGUGGUUAUUACAUAAAUGUCAAAAAUGUAUUGUGAAAAUCGAGCCAAAAUGAAUGUCGUCAAUAAAUCCACUUCAUUAUUACUAAAGAAAUGCAUUAUCAGAGAAUAUGCAUUUAUCAUUGAAACUAAAAUAAUACUUUUAUGCGGAAGAACCUCUGACUGAGCAAAUGUCCUAUUUGUCCGCUUGGAUCUUUAGUAAAAUACAU